AAGAGUCAAGCAGCCAUGGUUGCGCGACAUAGGAACUUCAGCAAUAUGGACUACAAUGUAGAGCAAUUGGACGACGAUCCGCUGUCUGAUGGAGGCGAAGAAUUUAUCUCUCCAGAGCACCAAGCCCUUCUUAAUGACGGCCUUGAUCGUGUGAGAGACAUCAUUGGCGACGCGACGCAGUCUAGUUUGUCGGAUAAAGCCAUCAAGGAUGUGUUGUGGGAGUGUCAUUUCGACAUCGAGGAGACAGUGCAGUGGGCAAUCGAGGAGCAAGAACGGAUACUUCAAGCUCAGCAAAGGAAAGGUGUGUUACUAUACUUCUUCCCACCCCUUCCUUUCUUCCGUUCAACAAUCGUCUCUGGCCGGAUCGUUGCGGUAAGGCGAUUGUCGUCGACCACUCUUAUUUCCGUGUCGGUAGAACUCAAUCUGCCUUCAGCGCCCUCGCAUACAAUGAAGGACCUCCCCCCAUUACCUGUUGAGAGAGAGCUUGGCUAUGGCGAAUACGCGCCACCUGUGAUUGGUCUUCGACGUGUCAUUGAGGAACCUGAGGCGGACCUCGGUUAUGGCCAGUAUAGCCCGCCUGUGCUGGAAGAAGAAGAGCAUGAUGGUCGAUCUCGCAUUCCACUCAUCAAACAAGCUCAACAACCUUAUGAAAGUCAGCUCGACGCUGAAUCUGGGAUUAGACGGAACCUUAGCACAAUAUCGGAGAGAACUGAACGAACGGAGCCUUCACCCAACUGGCCACCCCGCCAGAGGUAUCUUUCUCUUGAGAUUCCAAGACCUCCGAGCACAAUAACAACAUCAUAUGGCCAAGCUGUUGACUCACCAAUGGACACCACAAUCAAUUCCUUGAACCCUAAUCUCAUCCCGGUCUCUCCAUCCGAUUCAGCAAUCCAACGCCUGUCUUUUUUCGAGCCUCCUCCAUCCUUGCCACCAUCCGAGAGCGAUAGCUAUCAGAGCGAAACUUUCCCAAAGCCCCCCAGUGAACCUGUUCCUCCGAUUGACACGAUUCCCGAUAUUCCAGACUUGAAUUCCAAGUCAAGCCGGAAUGUUCCACCACAAGCUACGUCACAGCCUCCAAAAAAGUCCAAGUUGGCUAUGUUAGCGUCGAGCAGAGCAUCUACAAGUAGCAUCCGGAGUGAGAGUUCUCGUUCUGCGGGCACGGAUGUAUCUGGCUCUGUGAAAACCUAUCCAAAUCUUAGACCAAGCGCCGAGUCAAUUGCACCGGAGUCGGUGGUAUCGCAAUAUGCUCCUUCGUCCACUUCUUCUCAUGUUCGGCGCGCUAUCGAGACGGCUUUGCAAAUGGAAGUUCACGAUCACGCUCCCGCAACACCGCCACUUGACUCGCGUACUCCAACGCCAACGCCUACUCCCAGUCGUCCCACACCGGCACCAAGUCGUCCAUCAGCACCCACUCCGUCCAAAGUACCAGACAAACCAGCUUCUGUAUCCAGUUCUCGGCCGACAUCUAAACUUGCUCAACUGGCACAGGCGAACAAGGUCUCUCGUAAUCCAACUCCAGAAAUUGUCUCUGGUCCCCCGCGUCUACCUCCCGAGCGCACGCAAUACUUGACGCCGGUUGCCAAUGGUCCCACAGUAACAACAGCAAUAACAACUUCCUACCAGUCGCUCUACUCCCUCACAAACCCUAAUCGCUCAGACAGCGGGAGGCUGGUCGUUGUACCAUUACCAUCUGGACCGUCAUCUACUGCUGGGGAGCCCAAAAAAUCUAAAUUGGCAAUGAAGAUAAAGAAGGCUCAAGAGAAACCACCGCCCCAGGCAACUGUCGCUGAGCCGCCACCUCCACCGGUUCCUUCCAUGUUUUUGCCAGUCACAGCCACCAGAACACGUGCUUCACCAUCCGCGUUUGCAACUCUUCUUCUGGAUGACGCCUCUGUUGCUCAUUCAGAAGAUGGCCCUCGACGCCGGUCGCGACAAGUUACUCCUACAAAAAUUCCCGAUCUAUUCGCGUCGAGUGGUUCUGCGUUUGACGGACCGAGCCCGGACGAUAUAGUCAUGAAUGCGAGGCGUGACACAUCUUUGGGGCAGACCAAAUCAACUGCUUCUUCGAGACCGCUUACUUCCAAAUCUUGA